GGAGGAGAGAGAAAAGCAGCGAGCGGAGGAAGCAGGCACAGCUCCGUCCAAGAAAGGUGGAGACUCCGACUCCUGGCUAACUUCCUGCACCGUAAUCUUUAAGAGAGAGGAAUCAGGGAGGACAGGAGCGCUGCCGAGGCGACGGGACGGAUGGAUAUAAGGCUCUUUUAGCUUGUUUUCAGCGGUAUUUCUACUAACACCCACUGGCUGCCUCUGUCUACCUGGGCUGUAGCUGUUAGCCGUUAGGAGGAUUCCCGACUCUGCGGGGCGCUCCGACAGGCAGGAAUGGAGGUCUUAGUGGAGUAUGAAUAUGACGCGCUCCACGAUGACGAGCUGACCUUGCGGCCCGGUGACAUCAUCAGGAAUGUGUGUUACAUCCAGGAGGAGGGCUGGAUGGAGGGAGAGCUCAACGGGAAGAGAGGAGUCUUCCCAGACAACUUUGUAAAGGAGUUGAAAAAGGAUCCCAAGGAGGUCAAAGAAACCAAAAAUGAGCCAAAAGAGGAGUCCAGCCAGCCCCAGGGGAGAGACAGGAGUAACGUAGCCAACCUGGUGAAGAGGAUAAGUGUCAUCGGCAUCCCUACUGGGGGCUUCCAGCCGAUCCCACCAGCAGCAUCAAAGAAACCAAAGAAGAGGCAGUGCAAGGUGCUGUUUGACUACCAGCCCUUAAACGAUGACGAACUGGAACUGAAAGUUGGAGACAUUGUUGACAUCCUUGAAGAGGUUGAGGAGGGCUGGUGGAGCGGGACCCUCAACAGCAAAUCAGGACUGUUCCCAUCCAACUUUGUCAAGGAGCUGGAGGCUGCAGGAGAGGAGCCAGAGGCAAACGACACGGUCUCUGAAAAGUCUGAUGGAAGUGGAACAGAAGCUGCUGUCACUCCCACAUCUCCUCCGCCGGACUCAGGAAACGGAGCCAUCCAUCAGCCCAAAAAGAUCAUAGGUGUCGGUUUCGGAGACAUUUUCAAAGACGGUUCUGUCAAACUGAGGCCGCGGAACAGCCCCAUUGCAGAGGACAGGAAAGGCAAGGAGCCAGAGAAGGACAAAGCUAGUCCAUCACAGCCAGUCUCACCAUUACCAUCAGCUGCAAAGCCUGCUCAUCCCAACCUGAGCGACUCCCAGAGGUCGGAGGUGGACGGCAAACCCAAAGUUUCUACAGCUAAAGAGAGCUGUAAGGUGAAGUUCCCUUACGAAGGCAAGAAUGAUGACGAACUGAGCCUCAAAGAGGGGGAGAUAGUGAACAUACUGAGCAAGGAUACCGGUGAGCCCGGGUGGUGGAGAGGGGAGGUUGGAGGAAAACAGGGGGUGUUCCCUAAUAACUUUGUCACAGUUGUUCCUGAAACAGAGAAGGAGGCAGCACCAUCCAAAGGAUCUGUGAAGCUGUUGCCAAAGCCAGAGAUGGAGGAGAAACCGAGGAAACCACCUCCACCGUCGAAAACAGCAGCUUCCAAGCCAGAACUCCCCAGCGCUGAGAGGAAGCCUCAUCUCCCCCGGCCAGAGGACAGAGGUACAGCUGGAUUCCCCGUCCUGUCUCUUCUCAUCCUUCCAUCUCUUUAUACCACCACUGACAUUUCU